UUGUGUGUUCAGGUGUAUCCCUCAAUGACUGUCUGUUAUUCUGCUUACCGCUACAGUGUGGAACAUGGUGGAGAGAACACAAUGAAACCUGGGCUUAGAAAAUAUGUCUGUGAUCUCACACUGGACCUCAACACAGUAAACAGACUCCUCUCUCUGUCUGAGGAGAACAGAAAGGUGACAUGUAUGAAAGAGAAGCAGCCGUAUCCUGAUCACCCAGAGAGAUUUGAGGGCUGUAGACAGGUGUUGUGCAGAGAGGGUCUGACUGGGCGCUGUUACUGGGAGGCAGAGUGGAGUGGGAGAAUGGGGGCCGAUAUAGGAGUGACAUAUAAAGGAAUCAGCAGGAGAGGAUGGGGUAAGGACUGCGGGCUUGGAUGUAAUGACAAGUCCUGGAGUCUGAUCUGCUCUGACAACAGUUACAUUGCCAGUCACAAUGAUAAUGCCACAACCAUAGACGUCCGCCCCUCCAGCUCCCACAGAGUAGGAGUGUAUCUGGACUGGCCAGCCGGCACUCUGUCCUUCUAUAGAGCCUCCUCUGACACACUGACCCACCUGUACACAUUAACCUCCACAUUCACUGAGCCCCUCUAUCCAGGGUUUUUUGUUUAUGAUGACUCCUCAGUGUCACUGUAAAUAAUAACCUGACACAUACACACACACACACACACACACACACACACACACACACACACACACACGGUGGCCACAGACUCACAGACACACAGACAC